AUGGACAUACUAGACGACAUCGAAAUCAAGGUGAAAGCCAAAAUCAUCGAAGUAAAAGGACCACGAGGAACCCUAACUUGCAAUUUCAAGCAUUUGAAUCUUGAUUUCAUGCUUAUUACCGAUGAAGAGACCGGAAAACGGAAGUUGAAGGUUGAUGCGUGGUUCGGAUCUCGUAAAACUACUGCCGCUAUCCGUAUAGCACUCAGCCACGUCAGCAAUCUCAUCAUUGGUGUGACUCAAGGGUUCCGGUAUAAGAUGCGGUUUGUGUAUGCUCAUUUUUCGAUUAAUGCUAGUAUUACGAAUGAUAAUUCGACGAUUGAGAUCCGAAACUUUUUAGGGAACAAAUAA